CAACAAUGUCCAGUUCGCAAGUGACCGCUGCUCUUCUAUUAUCCGUUAUAACGGGGAGUGUGGGGCAUAUAUGCAUUGUCUUUCCCCACCAAAGAGGCCCCUUAAAUAUAUCGACAAGCGGCAAUCCAACGUGUUUUCGCCAUGGAGCGCCCUGUGGGGGACAGAACGCCGAGGACCCUAAGGUGACCUUGGCAGCUGGCGGUACCGCCUUCAUCAAGUGGCAGCAGAACUAUAACCACUAUAGCGUUGGGUACUCAGGGUACAUGGAUGCCGCCAUUGCCCCGCUUUCUUCAAGUGACUUCAAGCUGCUGGCGGUUGUUUCUGACAAAUACGUCUAUGCCCAGGACUAUCAGAGAAACUACACUGUUGUCGUGAGCAUACCCGAGAUGGAGUGUGACCACUGUGUCAUUCGUGUUCGGUACAACGCUCAUAAACCUGGCGAGAACACGUUUUACCAGUGCACAGACGUGCGUGUGACCAAGACCCAAGGGACACAACUCCUCCCCCAGCUUCCGCCUUACGGGAAGAACGAGCAGAACUACCUACAUAAAGCUCUGCAAUUGAUAUCCCCGCCUCAGCGCCGCACUGCAGAUGAUGUAACAAUUUACGGCAUCGUGUACAGCCGUAACCAGCCCGACGUCGCCGACUACGUAGCCGUUGAUGCCGCGACGGGUGUAAUCACGGACAUCACGACGUUGAAAUAUGGUGUAGGAUUUUCCAGUGGUCGUGUCAGAGAUGUCAACGCUAACUACAUCGCUGACGGCGUAGCCGCUGUUGACCCUCCUCGAGGGGUAACGGUCAUGAUGAACCAUCAACAGUCGUCGUCGCUGGACGCCCCAGCUAGUACAAUGCUGGAGCUCGGCACGAACAAUGGCAGCGUCGUCAGGCAUGGGAAUAUACUUGGGUUUGACCAACGGCCUUUCAGCGCUGUUGUGUAUCAGAGCUUUGGGCAGUACCUCACCUUCAGCAUCGAGGAGGAAACGGCGAAGCCAGGUAACUUCUAUUUCGUGGUGGGUGGACUUGACUGGUCGGGUAAUUGGCAGGAGGUUGUGCGCAUGCCCGACACAGAGGACACGUAUGUCAACUUCCAGUGGGCAGAGUACGAUCCUGGACGUAUGAUGUUGUUUGUCCUCUUGGGUAAUGAGAACGACGCAGAUGGUCUCUCCGCCAGGAUCUACACAUUCGAUAUCUCCGCUAAAGCCUUCAAGUCCCACGCUGAUAUUGACGUUAGCAAGUAUACAUUCAUGUCCAUGCAACUUUACACCAAGACAGGUCAGCUCCUGGCUGUGUCCCCUGGCUUGUUUAAAGACACCUACCCCGGGUACAGCCUGAUAUCUGUCGACCCUUUCACUGGCGCUGUGGUAGAUCUGGCCGAGAUCACACAACCAGGAAUAUUCGAGAAAUACUACGGUGGUACCAUCUUCAACGGGAUGGAUCAAGAAAAGGGUAUCCUUUAUCAUGUGUUCCGGGUAGCCGACGCCGAAGCUGACGUCAUCGCCACGAUUUCUCUAAGCGACAUGAAAACGACGUUUUCCAAGAUUACCAACAUUAGACAUGUCCACAACUUAGCUAGGGGAAUCUGAGUCGAAUGUUAAGGGAAUAUUGGUGGUUGGUUGUCAAGGAUGUGAACUGAAUGGACAUGCUCGUCCAAGUGACCUGACGUAUCCAUACGUGGUUCUGUUCAUCAAGUCAGAAAAGAGAGAUAUCUGUUUCCUAACAACUGAUGAUAACACAUUCAAAUGUUUACCGGAGAGAAAUGUUAGUCUGAAAAUGUCUCGCUGAAAAUGGUCUGACAUGAUGUAAAUAUUUUAAUCUACGCAUCUUUGUAAAAUUUAGCUCCGUUAUUACAUUGAAAUAUACAUUUUGUUUCCAAA